CGCUUGAGAUUUGCUCUAACAGCCUAUCCCAGUUUGAAACACUCACUUAAGAGUGUCUCUCUCUCACACACACACAGAUACACACGCUACACCCCCCCUCCAAAAAAAGAACACACUCCUUCAACUCCAUCGGUGGGGAGAACAUAGCUAUCGGAUGAGAUUUGUUUCCAAACGCGCACCGAUGGCGGUGUGAGGCGUUUGGUUUGAGAAGUACGAGCGGCGCUUUGGAUUUGUGGGCAAUUCUUCUUCUUUUUUCUCCAUUUUUUUUUUGUUCAUCUGCUGAAUCCUGCUUUAGGGAAAUUAACAAAGAUAUGGAUUACUCACUUUGUCUAUUCCUACUCUUGGCGACUGUUUCGUCUGAGUCGAGCGGGCAAUUCCCAACAUCGCAGAUGAUAAAGGAAUGGGUGGACCAAAUGCAAAAAGAUUUGAUCGCUUUAACAGACACAGCCACUGGCAUGCAGGACCUAAUAGAGAUAUAUCAUAAACACAGAAAGCACUUCAGAGUGGAGUCCAACAAUGCGCAGGAGCUGGUGGCAACGGCUGCUGGGAACAUAGAGAGACUGCUGGCUAACCGCUCCGAAGCCCUAAAGAGGCUGGCAACAGAAGCAGAAAAGCUUCAGAUGCAACACGUGUGGCAGGACGACAGCGACGUCGAGAAAAUCAAUUACUACAAUGCCAAAGACGACCUUAGUGGGAUAGAAAGCGAGUCAGAUACAGAAGGGAAGAAAGAUGGAAAGGAGAAGAAGAGGAUCCCAUACAUUCCCGAGGAUUUCAGUUUUGACCCAGACUUCAAACGAGACGUCUCCUACAACACAACUGCCGUCCACAUCCCAACGGAUAUAUACGAAGGGUCUACCAUCAUUCUGAAUGAGUUAAACUGGACAGAAGCCUUGGAGGAUGUUUUCCGGAAGAACAAAGAGGAAGAUCCCUCUCUCCUCUGGCAAGUGUUUGGCUCUGCCACAGGACUGGCUCGUUACUUCCCAGCAUCCCCAUGGAUGGACCUAAGCAAAUCACAGAAUAAGAUUGACCUCUACGAUGUGCGCAGACGACCAUGGUACAUCCAGGGGGCCGCCUCACCCAAGGACAUGCUGAUCCUGGUGGAUGCGAGCGGCAGCGUGUCGGGGCUCACGCUCAAACUCAUCAAAAUAUCCGUCAGCAAGAUGCUGGAGACCCUCUCGGAUGAUGACUUUGUGAACGUGGUUUCUUUCCAAAAUGUCGCCAAGAAUGUGUCGUGCUUUGGGAACCUUGUGCAGGCUAAUGUAAGGAACAAGAAGAUACUGAAAAACGCUGUGGAGAACAUCACUGCGAAUCUCAGCACCAAUUACACAGCUGGCUUUGAGACGGCCUUUGAACAGCUUAAACAGAUGAAUUACUCUAGGGCCAACUGUAACAAGAUUAUUAUGCUUUUCACUGAUGGCGGAGAGGAUAGAGCAGAGAAGAUCUUUCAACUUGAAAACCCACAAAAAAACGUGCGUGUCUUUACGUUUUCAGUAGGUAAACACAACUACGACAAGGCGCCGAUACAGUCGAUGGCCUGCAACAAUAAAGGUUAUUACUAUGAGAUCCCAUCUAUAGGUGCCAUUCGGCUAAAUACUCAGGAGUACCUGGAUGUUCUGGGCAGGCCUAUGGUUAAAGCUAAACAAAAGGCCAAGCACGUUCAGUGGACUAACGUCUACCUGGAUGCUUUGGAGCUUGGCCUGGUGAUCACUGGAACGCUGCCUGUCUUCAACAAAACCGGCACAGGCUCAAAGAAACCUCAAAACCAGCUUAUCUUGGGGGUUAUGGCGAUAGAUGUGUCCCUGGAUGAUAUCAGGAGACUGACUCCUCAGUACACUUUUGGUCCAAAUGGCUACUACUUUGCCAUCGAUCCAAAUGGAUACGUGUUGCUUCAUCCUAAUCUGAACCCACAGACCGCCAAGUUUCAUGAACCUGUAACACUGGAUUUCCUAGAUGCAGAGAUCGAGGAUGACAUCAAAGUGCAGAUAAGAAAACAAAUGAUUGAAGGUGAAACAGGAAGUACGACUAUAUCUACACUGCUGAAAUCAACAGAUAAGCGUUACAUCGAUCGAGGUCAGAGGAUGUACACCUUUGCGCCGGUGAAGGGGACAGACUACAGCCUGGCCCUAGUCCUGCCCGAGUACAGCAUGCAUUACAUCCGUGCAACAAUUGGCGACACAAUCACCCAGGCUAAAUCGUUUUUGGGGAAAAAUGUUUCUGAAAGCCUCAUGGCUGACAAGUUUGAUGAAUAUGGCUACACACUGAUUGCACCGAGAGAUUACUGCAAGGACUUAAAGCCUGAUGCCAACACCACCGAGUUCCUCAAGAGGUUUAACGAUUACAUUGACAGGAAGACUCCAAACAACCCCAUGUGCAAUGUGGAUUUGGUGAACCGAUUGCUCCUCGAUGCUGGCAUCACCUCCGAUCUAAUCAAGAUAUGGAAAGAAAACGAUCCGAUAAACGGUGUCAUGUCCAGAUAUGUUGCGACUGAAGGAGGGAUCACACGAGUCUACCCCACAAGUAAUGGCCUGGACUGGACUGGACAAGCGGAGACGUAUGAUUUAAGCUUCUACAAGCGAAGUUUGGACAACGAUCUGUACAUCUUCACUCCAACUGUAUUCGAAAAUAUUUCUCAAUAUGAGGGUUCAGUUCUAGUGAGUAAAGCAGUAAACCUCAAGAUUGACGAUACCACACUCAAACCAGCUGUGGUCGGUGUACAUUUGGACAUAGAUAUGUGGAGAGAGAUCUUCUCCAACACCUCACAGAGAAAAAGUUGCAAGGAUGAGCUGUGUGGCUGUACGAUAGGCGAUAAGAAUUUAAACUGUUAUAUUCUGGAUGAUGGAGGCUUCUUGGUGAUGACCAAUCAGAUUGACCAUUUUAAUGAGAUUGGGAAAUUCUUCGGUGAGAUCGACCCUUGUAUUAUGAGAAGCUUGAUCAACUCGUCUCUGUACACCAAUAAGAGUACGUAUAACUACCAGUCGCUCUGUGAUCCCAAGAAAGAGGACAAAACAUCUGCCGGGAUGCGAUCCGUCUACGUGCCCACAAUAGCAGAUAUAUUAAAUGUGGGAUGGUGGGCAACUGCUGCUGCCUGGUCAAUAAUGCAACAGCUAGUGGUCAGCAUCACAUUACCUAACUUCGGGGAAGCAGCUACUGAUGAUGCACCGGAUGUGGAGAAGGAGGUCUGCAUCAAGGAGGAAUAUCAAUACUACUUUGAGAAUGACAGCCUGUCUUUUAGAGGCGUAAUCGACACAGAGAAGUGCUCAAGGCUCUAUCACGCCGAAAGGCUGCCCAAGACGAACCUCGUCUUCAUCGUUGCAGAAACAGAACAUGGAUGUGAAUGUCAGGAAAAGAUAUUAAAGCAGGAAGAACAGGAGUCACAAGGGCCUGAUCCUUGUCAAUUGGCUUCUGAGCCGCGGUACAGGAAGGGACCUGCAGCUUGUUUUGAUAACAAUAGUCAUGAAGAUAACGCUGACUGUGGCGGAGUGUCCGGCCUGACUCCGUCGCUGUGGCUAGUGUUGUCCCUUCAACUGCUACUGGUCUGGGUUGUGACUGACACCAGACACCAUGCCAUCCCAUCAUGACCUCCGAAUAACAUANUCCAACCCUGUAUCUCCACCCCUUCGUAUCUCCAACAUGGCAACCAGCAUGCAGCGCUGCCACCAAAAUGAUGAGCGCCCGAUGAAAAGCGCUUUAAACAGACAAAAAAAACGUGAGCCCCGCGUUCUGCCAGUUUCUUUUGUAUUAUCAGCGGUUUCUCUUAAGGAUUUCACAAGGGCACAAGUGACGAAAGAAAUGCAUAUCAGAAUAUAAUGAUAUGAAAGCUAGGAAAGACCUCAACUUAUCUGUUCGUCAUCCUUAAGUGGUGCCCGCCAGCUGAGAUUAGAGGAAUCCAAAGAUUCGUUUUGAUUGGCGAGUUUUUGUCUGACUUGGUUUCUUACAAAGAGACUCAACUGCCUUACAGUAUCAGAGGGAUUUAAAUCACAAUGGGUGGACUUGCUGUUUAUUGAAUAUGUUGGGCAGUUAUAUUCACCACUGCCAGAAACAGCGCAGCCCUUUGCAAGAGUAUAUUUUGAAUCGAUUUGCAGUGGUUAGUUAUUAGGUAUUUAUUGUUUUUUUGGUUAAGGAAUUGGCCAAGAUCAGAGCAAGAGAUGCCAAAUCAUCACAUCAUCACGAGCUCUUGCCCUUCGUUUGCCUCAUCUGGAUUGCUCGUAAUAAUAUUGUCUCAGUCUGAUUUUUAGAUAACAUUACCCAGAGCAUUUACACAGUGUCUCUGAGGACAUUGUCUUCACUUCACUAUGCUGUUCUUUAAUGUAGAUGCUGUUUUUUUGCAGUGUGAAAGUCAUGUUCAUUGUUAUGUUUUUGCACAAAAGCGGAACCUCCUACUGCCACAGAGUGCUUGUUUUUGAGUGUACAGAUUUUGACAUUGUAGCUGAUCAUAUGGAUUUUCUGCCUUGGUUUUGGAUAGCCCCGGUAAAAACUUUGCUGCCAUAGCACGCAUAAACCAGUCAGGACAAGCUUGGCUGGUGUCCUGUACCUACUCAGUGGACAAAAUCUCUAGUGCCAUGUGGACUCUGUGACUCAUACAAACCCCUUUUUAGACUGUGGCUGCUGAAUGGGAAAUGGUAAUAAUAGUAUUUAAUUAUUUAAAGGUUAUUUGACCGAAGAGUCAGGAUAUCAUUGUGCUUUUUUUUUAUAAUAGCCACAAUUUAAAAAAAAAAAAGAGUUACAGGAAAUUUGUAUUCAACAUUUAUGUCAAAAUUUGGUCAAAAUGAAGGGGAAAAGGGUAUAUUUGUAUUCACUGCUGUCACUUUUUAAAUGAAAUGACUACUGUCGGCACUGCAAUUCAAAGUGCAGCUGCUGUUUCUCUUCAUGGUUUGAUCUCCUUGCUGAAGAGAUGAACAGCCUUUAUAUCUGUGUAGUGGUGAAGUUGCCUCUGUCAUAUUUAUUAUACUGUGAUAUCAGCUACUAUACAAGAGCUUCAUACUAUCACUCUGGCUGAUAUAUCAGUUUCUCAACAAAAAAAGUUCAUCCUUUUUCAUUUUGUGUGCCUUCUUCUCAUAUUUAUUACAUAUAUUAAAAAUACCUACAUAAUCCAUGUGAUGUGCUGAUACUACUGUACAUGGUUUUAUUAAAUUUUUGUGAUUGUAAUUGCCAAAGAGAGAACAGUAAAGUACAUUUCUUUGUGAAGGAAAAAAAAGCGCUAAUCAGUCGAACCACUGCUUUAAAGCAAAUAUAUCUGCUGUAAAAACAAUAACAAAUUUCACAGGGCCAAACUGGAUUCCUAUCAAAGCCAAAUAUCAAUGUCAACAAAUGAAAAACACUUCAUGAAUUUUGGGAGGAAAAUAUUUUGAAUAUGCAGUAUGUGGAAAACAAUUAUACAGCUCAUUUGCGUACUUAUACAGUCUUUAUUGGCAGGAAAUAAUAGCCAGACUUCAAACUUGGAUGUGAUUGUUUGAAACAAGUUUUAAAUCUUUAAGAUAAAACUGCCAUUUUUACAUAAACCAGCUGACUUGGCCGUUUGUUUUGACGAUGAUUAAUAUUUAGGACUUUAACAGGAACCAAUCACAUCAUUUUAAAUAAAAUUGGACAUGUGUGAUGCCUUUCAUUUAGAAGUUGGUCAUAUCCCAGGGUUGAGACUAUUUUUUGUUCCUUGUUUAGUAACAUGAGAUAGUUCGGGAUGUGUACUCUGUGGUUAAAUGUGAAAAAGGCUUUCAUGCUGAGCAUUCACACCAAAUGUUAGAUUUGAACAUUAAAACAAAUCAACAAUUAUUUGUUUAUGGCACUCGAAAUGUCAACAGUGUAGGAAAUUGUGGACGCUAGGAAGCGAGACCGAGGAGUGCGUCUUUUUGUGUAUUCUCCAUAAACACUGGCGGAUGUUUCCAGAGAACUACUUAAUUUUGUGGGGAAGUUGAAAACCACACAAUUUAAUCUACACGUAUCACAUUACCACUAACAUUCACCCUCUUCAGAAUCCUUUCUUUGGCUAAACAAUUACAUCACAAUGACUUAUGUCAGUUUUUUGUGUGACGCAUUUCUGCAAGUCCCGUCAAGACAUACUAGCUCUUCUGACUUCUUUUGUGGCAAAGCUCCACCACCGCCAAUAAAUCAAAACCAUCAUUGUCAGGAAGUUUCACAAAGGAACUUUUUAUUUCCAAUGUUUUCCUCUAUCUUUAACUAUAAUCUUCCAAAAAGAUGUGGUGAAAAUAACAAUGGCAUUUAUGCUCCGCAUUUAUUAACCCUUAUGAAUAUCAAGUGCCAUAUCCAGUAGGUCUUGUAUUCUCUUGUGGAGAAGCCUAUUACUAUAACAUUUAUGCAAUGUUACCAAGGCAAGAUACAUUUCAAAUUGUUUCAGUGUGCUGCAUGAUAUUCCUGCUUUACUAUGUAAUGAUAGAAAGCAUAAUAUACUGAGCGUUCGGCAUUAGUUCGUGAUAUGUUAAGGUAUGGCCAGCUAAUACUGCCGUCUCUUGAGGGGACAGCAUUUGGCUCUGCUGAGGAACAAAAGAGAACCAGAUAGGUAAACAUGAUGUUUGAAAUCACUGUUCAGUCUUUCUGAUCGAUUCAGACCAUGUUGUUUACAAUUAUUUAAGGAACAUGCCAGUAAUUUAGCUCAUUUACUACAAUUCAUGAGUACUUUAUCCACUUGCCAGUAGUUUUCCAAACCAUGUUGGAAUGUUUGGUAUUUCAACUAUCAGGUGAACGCAAACUGAUGACACUCAGAGGAUUAAGCCUUCUGGCUUUGUUGGUCUUUUGACUUUAAGAGCUCAAGUAAAUAUUUCACCAAUAAAUAUCCACACUGAUUAGAUUGAACUGGACUCUGAAGCAUCAUGGGCAUAGUCUUUACUGAGUUCACUUCCUUUUGCACCAUUCAUUAAUGGGCUUUAGCCACUGGAUGGGUAGACAUGGACAUUGGUGUGCUUGUCCCCUAAAAUGCCUUUUGACUUUUCUUUUGGCAAACCCUGGCUCAGUUUGUUAUUUGGAGGCAUGGCGCUUUAUGUGAUAAUAUGUCACUGACAAACUAUCCACUAACUCAUCUUAACUGGAGUCAGCCUGGGACCAUCAAACAUCUUUGCAGUGUUUUUAUUGCAACUGACUGACAAAUAAUGCAGUUAAUUGUGCUAGCAGAUGUCUGUGCUCCAGUCAGUGAGUGAAAUUCACUCUAUUGUAUUUGUAUAUUUAUUGCAUGUAUGCAUGAUACUUCUGCACUGUCCGUGCAUGCACCUAUGGUUAGGCAUUUACGUCCUUGUCCAAAUACGGUAAUAUUUGACUUAAAAAACCAUUUUUAUUUAUUUAUUUCUGAUGGACAUGAUGUGUCCCUCUGUCACUGAUUUGAAGCAGGACCUUAUAAACCAAUGGGUCAUAUAGUGUUGGCUAAUCAGUCAUUUAUAUACCGUAUAUGGCUGUACUUUGUUUUUAUUAGUAAUUUGGAAAUGUUACAGUGAUAACACAGGAAAUCACAAAGGAACAUGGUAAACACAAUGCCUGCCAACAUUAGCAUGAUACAAUGGUGACUGUGAGCAUGCUGCAUAUUAGUGUUAGCAGUUAGCUUAAGAUAUCGCUCUGCAGUAUAUUAUCUUAAAGCAGCUAGUAUUGCUGUAGUUAUUUGUCUGGUCUUACCCCUACAUUACAGACCGCAGUUAGUUUCCAUGCAUUUGUAUGAAUAUAAAAUAGAAGAAACUUACUUAAUGUAAUGAUCUUUAAUGAAUGUAAACCAAUGUCCAUGCAAGUGUUAACAAAACUGCAAAACAAUUGGUAGUGUAGUAACUCUAGUACUAAAUGUUCUGAAGUAUACAUGAAAUGUAGUUAUUUAGCUAAAAAUGCUGGCAUGGUGAUUCAGUCGCUUUGCUCAAAGAAGUAAUUUGAUCUGAUGAAACGCUUCAACAGAAUCCCUUUAGAGAUGCAUGGAAAACAAUGGAGAAAGAACAUAACCUCCACAGCCAUCCAGAUGUUUCAUUCUACUCUUAAGUGCUAAAAUCAGAUGCUGUCACCUCAGGAAUAAUGUACUCUAGAUGUGAUAUGAAGUGUUUUUGAUUCUGUUGGUGCUCUUGGUGUGGAUCGUGUGGGUUGGCCUUUUUAUUUCUGGAACCUUUUGUGUGUAUGCGUGUCUAUUACCUUCCUGCCAGUCUAGCAGAUGAUUGAUGGGCCUGUUGGUCAGUCUUUCUCUGCCUUUGUUUUUUACGGCAGGCCACCAAGUACUUCGACAGUCUCCGCUUCGGAUGGGUCUAAGUGGGCCUCUCUGUCAGUCUCCCUUGAUUGUGGUUUAGUAUGUUACACUUGAUUUUUCCAGAGUGAGUCAUGUUAAAACAAAAAAUGUAAAAUAGAAAAAAAGAACAAUGUUUAUAAUCCUGGGAAAGAAAAAAGUUUUUGUUCAUGUGCAAAUAAGGUAUAUACAGAAUAAAACUUUAUCAUUACUA